AUGUCUGAGGGCCAGUUCUGUCUCGGUGCUGGUUCUUCUGACUGCAGGGGCCAGCAUCCCAACACAGAGACGGAGCCGCUCUCCCUCCCUCACCCCUCCUCACCCCUCCUCACCCCUCCUUACCCACCUCCCACCACGAUACAGAACCUGUUUAUCAGCGACAGAGAGAGCAAAGGAGCACUUAGACCUCAUGCAGCGGGCGCCACGCCGGACCAGGACGAGCAGAACGAGGGAAUGGUUUUUCCACGGCCGGGAAAGGACCUCACCCCUCGCUCCUCACCCCUCGCUCCUCACCCCUCCCUCCUCACCCCUCCCUCCUCACCCCUCGCUCUCCCCCCCCCCUCGCUCCUCACCCCUCCCUCCUCACCCCUCGCUCCUCACCCCUCCCUCCUCACCCCUCGCUCCUCACCCCUCCCUCCUCACCCCUCGCUCCUCACCCCUCCCUUCUCACCCCUCGCUCCUCACCCCUCGCACCUCACCCCUCGCUCCUCACCCCUCGCUCCUCACCCCUCCCUCCUCACCCCUCGCUCCUCACCCCUCGCUCCUCACCCCUCCCUCCUCACCCCUCGCUCCUCACCCCUCCCUUCUCACCCCUCGCUCCUCACCCCUCCCUUCUCACCCCUCCCUUCUCACCCCUCGCUCCUCACCCCUCGCACCUCACCCCUCGCUCCUCACCCCUCGCUCCUCACCCCUCCCUUCUCACCCCUCGCUCCUCACCCCUCGCACCUCACCCCUCCCUCCUCACCCCUCGCUCCUCACCCCUCCCUCCUCACCCCUCGCUCCUCACCCCUCGCUCCUCACCCCUCGCUCCUCACCCCUCCCUUCUCACCCCUCGCUCCUCACCCCUCGCUCCUCACCCCUCCCUCCUCACCCCUCGCUCCUCACCCCUCCCUCCUCACCCCUCGCUCCUCACCCCUCCCUCCUCACCCCUCGCUCCUCACCCCUCGCACCUCACCCCUCGCUCCUCACUCCUCCCUCCUCACCCCUCGCUCCUCACCCCUCGCUCCUCACCCCUCCCUCCUCACCCCUCGCUCCUCACCCCUCCCUUCUCACCCCUCGCUCCUCACCCCUCGCUCCUCACCCCUCCCUUCUCACCCCUCGCUCCUCACCCCUCCCUUCUCACCCCUCGCUCCUCACCCCUCCCUUCUCACCCCUCGCUCCUCACCCCUCCCUUCUCACCCCUCGCUCCUCCUCACCCCUCGCUCCUCACCCCUCCCUUCUCACCCCUCCCUCCUCACCCCUCGCUCCUCACCCCUCGCUCCUCACCCCUCCCUCCUCACCCCUCGCUCCUCACCCCUCCCUUCUCACCCCUCGCUCCUCACCCCUCCCUUCUCACCCCUCCCUUCUCACCCCUCGCUCCUCACCCCUCGCACCUCACCCCUCGCUCCUCACCCCUCGCUCCUCACCCCUCCCUUCUCACCCCUCGCUCCUCACCCCUCGCACCUCACCCCUCCCUCCUCACCCCUCGCUCCUCACCCCUCCCUCCUCAUCCCUCGCUCCUCUCACCCCUCGCUCCUCACCCCUCGCUCCUCACCCCUCCCUUCUCACCCCUCGCUCCUCACCCCUCGCUCCUCACCCCUCCCUCCCCUCCUCACCCCUCGCUCCUCACCCCUCCCUCCUCACCCCUCGCUCCUCACCCCUCCCUCCUCACCCCUCGCUCCUCACCCCUCGCACCUCACCCCUCGCUCCUCACUCCUCCCUCCUCACCCCUCGCUCCUCACCCCUCGCUCCUCACCCCUCCCUCCUCACCCCUCGCUCCUCACCCCUCCCUUCUCACCCCUCGCUCCUCACCCCUCGCUCCUCACCCCUCCCUUCUCACCCCUCGCUCCUCACCCCUCCCUUCUCACCCCUCGCUCCUCACCCUUCCCUUCUCACCCCUCGCUCCUCACCCCUCCCUUCUCACCCCUCGCUCCUCACCCCUCGCUCCUCACCCCUCCCUUCUCACCCCUCGCUCCUCACCCCUCGCACCUCACCCCUCCCUCCUCACCCCUCGCUCCUCACCCCCCUCCCUUCUCACCCCUCGAUCCUCACCCCUCGCUCCUCACCCCUCCCUUCUCACCCCUCGCUCCUCACCCCUCGCUCCUCACCCCUCGCUCCUCACCCCUCGCUCCUCACCCCCUCGCUCCUCACCCCUCGCUCCUCACCCCUCGCUCCUCACCCCUCGCUCCUCACCCCUCCCUCCUCACCCCUCGCUCCCUGCUCCUUCAGGUUGUCUCGCUGUUGUUGCUGAGCUGCUCGUCCUCUCUGACCGCAGACACCUGUGUAAUCAUGAACAGAGACCACAACGAGACCGCAGCGGGACCGCAGCGAGACCGCAGGAGCCAGGUUGAAAGCCUGGUCCCUCGCAGACACUGUUCUGAAGAGAAUCUGCGGUGA